GCGCGCAGAGAAUAACGGUCUGAAGGGCUGCGAGGAGGACACACCUAUAAAGGGACAUCAACUACUAACUUCAACUACUUCUGAUCACUUAUAGAUCUUUUUUUCUCAGCUCAGUUUCUAAAUCAAGUAUUCUGACUUUUUUUUUUUUAUUUCAUCCGCUCACACGAUGGCCAGCUCUGGACUGCAGCUGCUCGGGUUCUUCCUCUCGCUGGUCGGCCUCUUCACCACCGUGGCUGCUACUCUGAUGGUUGAAUGGAAGAAACAGUACCAGGGAAAGACGCACCGAGUUUUCGAGGGCUUGUGGAUGAGCUGCAGCGGCAACGAGAGAACAACCUGUGAGUUUCACCAGUACCUCCUCAAGCUGCCAACUGAGGUCCAGGUCACCAGGGGUGUGAUGCUGCUCAGCAUCUUCCUCUCCGCUGUGGCUCUGAUGGUCUCCACCGUGGGGAUGAAGUGCACCCGCUUCAUGGACGACAAAGCCGAGAUCAAAUCCACAACAGCCAUGGUCGGAGGAAUCAUGUUCCUGGUUGCAGGUUUGUUGACGAUCAUCAUAACCUCCUGGUACGUCAACAAGAUUGUUCAGAUCUUCAAUGAGUCCCACAGCCUGCAGAGCUUUGAGUUUGGUAAGGCGGUUUUCGUCAGCUUGGCUGGUGGCCUCCUCACUAUGGCUGGCGGUGCUUUCCUGAGCUGUCGGAGAUGCUCGCGGUCUCAGUCGAAUGGCUCCAUCAGCUCCAACCACCUCCUCCCCACCACCCACCCCAAGUCUGACUACGUCUAGUGGAGGAGCACCAAGGAGAGGCCUUGAUACAGUCAGUCCAGCGGUGAAUUUAACAAACUGGAGCAGGUUGUGUUUCUACGAUGAGGAAAAGUCUCACUGCAGGAUUAUAAAUACUGAACAUAAAGUCAGUAACCAGGAUCAGGAUUACACACAAGAUCAGGCUGUUUCUACUGACUUUGAAUCCCAUUUUAUAGCUUGAAAACAACUUCCUGUAUGUCUGUUUGAUACUUAGAUGCCAUCAGUCGUUAGUAGUCAGCAUUUUUUUUUCCAUUCAGAGAAAUAAAAGAAAGGAUUACAUUUUAAUUAUUUCAGUAAAAUAAAAUUACACAUGAAGGAAUCAAUUCUUUCAGGUCUAAAUGUCCGGAAUGUUUUCAGCCUUUUUGUGUAAUCAUGAAGUUACUCUUCACAUCUACCAAUGAUGAACACUUGUUUCAAUACACUUGUUUACAGUGAAGACUUUUGUUUUGACAGUUAAUGGCAAGAUUUUCUUUUACGGUGUAAAUUGCUGUACAAUUCAUUCCACUUCAGUUUCACACUGAUGUUAAUAUAGAUUUGUUUUUAUAUGGUGUUAAUUAUAUGACUGAAGUUGUAUAUUUUCAUAUAAUGUGGUUGUUGUUAUUGUUAUGCGCCACAUAUGGCAGUUUGAAAGUAUGUAUAUUUUGAAAAUAAAAAUAAAAUUGUGUUUUCUUCA